AUGGACGCCCCGGGUACUGCGGUGGAGCAGUACUUUAACCAGCUCAUCCACAUGUGCCUCUUGACGCAGGUGGUGGUGUCUGACAAGCAGGGCAACACGAUUCUCGCCUGCUUCGGUACGCCAGGCUCGACGGGCGGCGACGUGAACGGCGUCAGCGGCAGCGGCGAUGGACAGGAGGACGAGCUGCCAAUGGAGAGCAACGUCACCGUGAGUGGCGCUCGGUACUUCCAAAAUCUCGAGCAGCUGCAGCUCGGCACCCCUACCUACAUCACCGCUCAGUACCACGAUGCUGUGGUGGUACAGCUGAUGGAGCCUGGCGGGUCGAUCCUGACGCUGAUUGGGAGCCGGGCGAAGGGGCACUUUACGGGCGGCUUGCUCUCUCUCGUUCCGCAGAUUCACAGCACGGUAGUGUACACGGAGCUUUUACGAAAGGUGGAGGAGUGCACACAGUAG